AAUUAUUUCGUUACUCCCACCGACGCAGCCCCAAACAGUUUCUUUCGAAACUAUCAGCCUUUAAUUAAUACUGAAGUUUAAGUUGCCUGUCAGAGAUAAGGCCAUAGCGUUCCGAUAUAUCCCUUGAAAAAAGACUUCUCCUUUGAAAGAGGAAGCAAAUUAUCUGCGAUCGCACAAAUUCAAUGUUAUCUCGUCAAAAUCGGGGAGAAAUUUCCCGGAAAUCAAACUGACCAAUAGAGGGUCGAAAAAUGUGUCUUUCGAAAAAAUAGGGGGUUACGCAAUUUAGAUAUUUGUGAAUCUAGUUUGAUUGUUUACAUUUGACUGUUUUUUUCUCUCUCUCUGCCGUUUUUUUCUCACAAAAUUCAUUUUCAUACUCACUGAACCCGAGCUUUCAACAAGGCAAACUUGAAUGAAAUUUUAGAGAUUGUGUCACCUUGCGAUUGGGAGAAGAAAAUGCGACUACAUUUACAAGCGUGACAACUUCCGGUUUUCUGCGAAAGAGAACUAGAAGGAGCGGAAGCAAUUUUUUUCAAGGAACAUCUCGUUAAAUUUGUACCUUUGGGAUAAUAAUAUGAGCGAACUGAGAAGGAGGCAGACAAAGACAUCGUAUGGAACUCGGAGAGAAUCACUGGAGUUCACGAAUGACGUGGAAUCACUCGCUACCAACGAAGAUUUCAUCCAGAAUUUAAUAAAGCUUCCAGAGGAGCUCAAACGACUCCAAAGUGAGAACGAGAGACUGAAGGAAGCGAAAGCGUCGCGCUCAAGGGUAGAUUCGCCUAGCCAGGCAACCAUUAGUGAGAAAUGGUUGCAAGAUCGACUGGAAGCCAAAGAAAAGGAGCUUAGAAGAAAAUACAAAGAAAGGUUUUCAGAGGAACGGAAAAGAUUUGAGCAGCAACUUCAGGCUAACACGGAAACUCUACAGAAAAACAACGAUGAGUUGAAUAAGAAUCUCAAUCAAAGCUCAAAGGAGAACCAGGAUUUGAGGAAAAAGUUAAAAGAAUAUGAGUGCUUUCUACAGGAGAGAAGCAGUUUCAGUCACAGAUAUUCUAGAGACUCUCAAAACUCUCAGGAGAACCAGGAUUUGAGGAAAAAAUUGAAAGAAUACGAGCGCCUCUUACAGGAGAGAAGCAGUGUCAGUCACAGAUAUUCUAGAGACUCUCAAAAGUUUAAUUAUGAGCAGCAAAUUAUGAAAGCUAGACAAGUCUCCGAAGGAUAUCGCCGAGAACUUGACAGAUUUAAAGAAAGGCAUGCUGCUGUCUCGGAAAGAAGAGUUAGGUCUGAUCAGAGAAGAACUGAGAACACAUUGAGUACCAACAGACAGUCUCAGCUAGAGAGCGAUUACGUCAUUGAAUUCAAGGACGGCACACGUGUCGAUGCGAUUGACGUCAUGACAAGUAAAUCUGGACGUCGAAGGGGAAAUAACAGUACUUCAAUGGAAUACCUUAAGUGUUGUAGAUUCGCCUGCUUCAUAUUUGAGGUAGCCUAUGAAGUUGUUGUAAAGGUGAAAGAGUCAUUUGUCAAAUUCACAUCCAGUGUAAUGGAAACCUUGGCCGCUGAGGCUCCUGCGUUAGGGUCAGAUUCCACAUCAUUUCAAAACAAACUUUGGAAGACGCAGUAUAAUAACACAAAAAGCGAUGUGCAUGCAACUCAGGAUGCGGUCAGCGAGUUGAUGAUCCUCGUCAAAGAAAAAGCGAAGACACACGAUUUGGAUUCAGUUGUUCAGGAUGUGAAAAGAUCCAUUUCUGAAAAAUGGUCUCGCCAACAGUUACAAAGAGGAUCUUUUCUUCUUGAAUACGACUCGGAUCUCUUGUAUAGACUGAAUGGCUAUAUUAAAUAUUGCACGCAGUUUGCAUGGUGUGCUGUAACACAGGUUCCUCCCCUGAAGAUUGACUGCAAGACAACUGGUUAUGACUCAAAGGUCCACGAAGUGAGUCAAGCGUUUAGUCCCUCCGAAGAAAGGAGCCCGUCUCGUCGAGCAGUGUAUUCAGAGACACGCAAUAUCAUGUGCUAUUUGUGGCCUGCUUUGGUAGACUGCGAUGGAAAAGUUAUCAGGAAAGGGGAAGUACUAUUGUCAUAACGCAGUAACAAGCGUCUGCUAGGGAGGAGUGUUUUUUAAUUGGAAAGUAGUGUUUUUUAAUUAAUCCAUAUAUAUACUAGAAUGCGAUAACACCGGUAUACAAUGAGUUACACAAGCUAAGAGAAAUGAAAUCCAUCUUUAAAUGAACUCUUCAUAGUUAUCAUCAGUUAUAAAGUGGAAGUUACCACAAGGGACUGAAGGAAAUAAAUUUCACUGAUCUUUUGCACUG